AUGGUACGGCUCACCAUCGCGUACGACAAGUCCAUUUUGAUAGGCAAGAAGAAGUGGAACGACGAUUGGGACAAACUGAAGUACUGGGAACGCUUCAAGCAUGUCGAAGACUAUGAGGAACAAUAUAUGUAUGUUGAUGCGGAGCGUGCAAAGCAACAGGACUGGCCGAGUCACAGCAAAGGCCACGCAGCUGAGCUUUUGCACCACCUCCCUCCUGGUGCAAAAUGGGACACAGCCGUCAAGGGAUUGACCAAGAAGAUGUACCGCAACAUCGACAAAAGCUUCGAGGACUACCUCGAAAAUAAGAAGAACCUCGGAACUGCUGAAGAGGAGUAUGAGCGCCACUACAACAAUUAUGCUACUCAAGAGAAGGCUUGGGCAGAGCGUGCUAGCGCUGAGGUCUUAGACUCUGAAGAAGAGCAAGAGUUGCAAGAGGCACGUGACCGAAUGGCCCAGCAACGGUGGGAGCGCCUCAACAAAGAGAAGAAAGCUUGGUUGGAGGCGCUGGAUGAUGACGAUUAG